AUGAAUGGCUCCCGUUUUCUUCUUUCACUUCGAAUGACUGACACUUAUUUCUCAGCCGAAGAACAAUACGUCAGACAUGCUAUUGCUAGAACUGAACGUUAUCUCAACGAAUGUCGAUGGAUUUGCAAACAUGUGAAACAACUCAAUAACUUGUCUCACUUCACCAUGGGUCAACUCGUCAAGUUCCACGUUGAUGGUUUGACUGAAGAGGUUGUAACGGGGUGGGUAGCUCUACCGUCUUCGGGUAACUCAGAAGCUCAACGUGUUCCAGCUGCAGCUUUGCUCUUAAAUACUGAUGGUGUAGAAUGCCCACUGGGUAGCACUCAUGAGGCCGUCGUCACUUUGGCCAAUCCCGAUGCAGGCAAACUGGAAGUUGCCCUCCUGCCCUGGCUAUUGAAAUCGAUAAAGCAACGUCGAGGUGGUCAGCUUGACAAUUCUGCUAUGCAAGUCCAAAAGGGACAAGUAAUUUCCUCAAGCGUUGUCUCCAUGGGGAACACAAGGGAUAUCGUUGUUGUUGCACUGAAA